UAAUUUAUGGAAUGCCAUUGCAAUAACAGUAUGAAUUGUGAAGAAAAAGAGAAAGAAAUUCCUUCUUGUUGUUUGAAGGCUAAGAUUUCAGCAGCUGAACUUGAAUCAAAGUGUCAUUCUACUGUUGUAUCUGGAUGGUUCUCAGAAUCUCAGACUCUCUCUGGUAAGGCUAUUUAUUUCAACAAUCCAAUGUGGCCAGGAGAAGCCCAUUCAAUCAAAGUAGAAAAUGUAUUGUUCAAGGAAAAAUCUUUGUUCCAAGAGGUUUUGGUUUUUGAGUCAUUAACAUAUGGAAAAGUGCUUGUUCUGGAUGGGAUUGUUCAGUUGACUGAGAAAGAUGAAUGUGCUUACCAAGAGAUGAUAACUCAUCUUCCUCUUUGUUCAAUUCAGUCCCCAAAAACAGUUUUAGUUGUUGGUGGUGGAGAUGGUGGAGUUCUGAGGGAAAUAUGCCGCCACAGUUCUGUUACUCAUGUUGAUAUUUGUGAGAUAGAUCAAAUGGUUAUUGAUGUUUCUAAGAAGUAUUUUCCAGAGUUAGCUAUAGGAUUUGAAGAUCCUAGAGUGCAUCUGCAUGUUGGUGAUGCUAUUGAAUUUUUGAAAUUUACCUCCGAAGGAAAGUAUGAUGCUAUAAUUGUUGAUUCAUCUGAUCCAGUAGGUCCUGCUCAGGAACUUGUAGAGAAGCCAUUUUUUGUGACACUAGCAAAUGCAUUAAGGGCUGGUGGAGUGCUAUGUAAUAUGGCUGAAAGUAUGUGGCUUCAUACUCACCUUAUUCAAGAUUUGAUCUCCAUUUGUCAACAAACAUUUGCUUCUGUACGUUAUGCAUGGACAACUGUUCCAACAUAUCCAAGUGGUCUGAUAGGCUUUAUCCUAUGCUCAAAAGAGGGACCAGAUGUUGAUUUUGUUAACCCCAUCAAUCCUAUUGAAAAAGUUGAAGGCGCUUCUGAGCACAUAAGAGAACUUAUGUUCUAUAAUUCAGAGAUGCACAAAGCUGCAUUUGCUUUGCCAGCAUUUUUGAAGAGGGAGGUGAGAUUGCUCCGUGACACUGCAUCAGCAACACAUUGCAAUGGAUGCUAAUUUGCAUUAAUUUUUAGGCCCUCAAUUCUCUGUAUGGGAAAAAACAUUAGAACUAGGGAUGAUUGCUGUCUAAACCAGAUCCGAUAUGAAUAUAAUUUGGUCACUUUAUUGCUUUUGA